AAGAGUCACAUGGUUCCAUGUGCGUUUCAUAAGUUCAGAGAGCCAGCUAAGACUUGAACUGAAUUCGCUGCUCUCCUUUACAUCAUUUUCUUACAAUGCAUUGCUCGGGACAGUGACAUCCACGGCGUCUCUAACAUUGUCUUAUUCUAGAAUUUUCUAAGGAAUUGGUUUGGAACCUGCGCGAUGUUUUUCUCGUUGGGAUGGGUGACAGCUCUCGUGGCUGGUAUUUUCGCCCUGCACGUUGUACAGAAACUGUGUUUCCCUUACUUUUGGAAAGAUGUUUUUUAUUUAAUGAAAGUCAUCCGAUACGGCGCACGUCUGGAGAUAUUCAAAAUUACUUCAAAUGUUGUCACUGUCAUUGACAGAUUCGUCCAACAGGCAGAGCGAAUUCCCACAAAACCUUUCCUUAUAUAUGAGGGAAUAACGUACACCUAUCAAGACAUUAACGAGCGGAGCAACAAAUUGGCGAAUGUCUUCCUCGAGCAGGGCACGUUGAAGAAAGGGGACUCCGUUGCGCUUCUGAUGAACAAUGAGCCCGACUUCAUCUGUGUUUGGUUCGGAUUGAUCAAACUCGGAUGUUCAGUGGCUUUUCUUAACACAAACAUUAAGUCCAGAUCGUUGCUACAUUGUUUCAACUGCUGUGGGGCCAAGACUCUUGUUGUUGGUGCAGACCUGUUGGAUUCCUUGGAGGACAUCUUGCCCAGCUUCCUGGAGGACAGCAUCUCGGUGUGGGCCAUGAAGCACGAGAGCAGCCACACGGAGGUCCAGACACUGCUAGAUAAGAUGGACCAGGCGUCGGACAAGCCCACCCCGCCUGCCCUGAGGGCUGCCACCUCCCUCAAGGCCGCCACCCUCUACAUCUUCACUUCAGGGACCACUGGUCUGCCUAAGGCUGCGGUCAUCACACACCUCCAGUCCCUGAAGGCUGCAGCAGGGUUCUGGGCCUACGGUGGGUCUGAAGAUGACGUGAUCUACAUCCCCCUGCCUCUCUACCACAGUGCAGCCUCUCUCAUCGGCGUCGGGGGAACCAUCGAGAUGGGCGCUACCUGUGUCUUGAAGAAGAAGUUCUCAGCCUCACAGUUCUGGAAUGACUGUAGAAAAUACGACGUGACCAUCUUCCAGUAUAUCGGCGAGCUCUGUCGAUAUCUGUGCAACCAGCCUAAGGCUGAGGGGGAGAAGAAGCACAAGGUGCACAUGGGUGUGGGAAACGGGCUCCGGCAGGACGUGUGGCGGGAGUUCCACCGGCGCUUCGGCGAGAUCCGCAUGUGCGAGCUCUACGGCUCCACAGAAGGCAACCUGUGUUUCAUGAACCACAUCGGCAAGAUCGGAGCUGUGGGCCGCUCCAACUUCUUCUACAAGCUCAUCUUCAAGUAUGACCUGGUAAGGUAUGACAUGGUACGAGAUGAGCCGGUGAAGAACAGGCAGGGCUUCUGUCAACAUGUUAACAAGGGUGAGACGGGCCUUCUCUUGUCCAAGAUUAGCGCCUCCAGUCCCUUCUUUGGCUACGCGGGGAGCAAACAGCUGACCGAGAAGAAGUUGAUGAGGAACGUGUUCGUGAAGGGAGACGCGUACUUCAACACUGGAGACCUCAUGGCUGAAGAUGCUGAAGACUUUAUCUGUUUCAAGGACAGAGUGGGGGAUACUUUCAGAUGGAAAGGUGAAAAUGUGGCAACAACAGAAGUGACAGAGGUGCUUGGAAUGGUGGACUUUAUCCAAGAGGCCAAUGUCUAUGGGGUGGAAAUUCCAGGAAAUGAGGGAAGAGCCGGAAUGGCCGCCAUCAUCGUGAGGCCUGAAUGUGAGUUUAGCGGGAAGAAGCUAUUUGACCACGUCCUCAAUGAUCUACCAGCCUAUGCUCGUCCUCUCUUCAUAAGGCUUCAGGAAUCAAUGGAAAUGACGGGAACCUUCAAGCAGCAGAAAUUCAAUCUAGUGGAGAGCGGAUUCAACCCUUCAACAAACUGCAACCCGCUCUAUUUCCUGGAUUACUCAGAGAAAAGCUACGUUCCCCUCACGAACACGCUGUACGGCAGUAUUGUGGCUGGCGAGCGGAAGCUAUAGUGGUAAACCGUAGCUAAAACCACCAAUAGAUUUGGUUCACUGAGACGGUGGCGGCAUAGUUGUGCUGUUUGGGAGAGGGACCGAGAGACUGUCAAUUGGGUCCAUUCUUAAUUGUGUAUAAUGUAUGAAAUUGUCUCGUAUGAGUGGCUGGGAUCAACAGAGUGGGUUAGUAAUGAAUGGUGGGGGGGGGGGGGGGGGCAGUCUUAUAUUGUUGACCUUGAUGGAACAUUGAGACAUCAAAUACCCUCGGGUGGGGGGGGUUAAAUUGUGCCUCAUCUGAUUAAAAAAAUAUAUAUAAUAAUUUUUUUUUAAACUUGCUGAGUUAUUGUGGGGUGCCUGUUUCCCUCUCUGGUUUCCAGAUCUAUUGUCAAGACAGUUCAGCUGAGACGGCUAAAUUGACUUGAGACCAGUGAACCUCGACAAUCAGCACUUCCACUGUCCGUCUGUGCCAAUUGAAUUAGCGGAUGGGGUGUCACUAGUUCCUCCUUGAAAUAAAGACGAAUGGCAGACUAAAUAGAGGCGUCGUGUGUUUGAGGCGCUGAUGACCACACUCUGGUCACCCAAAAUUCUUUGUUCUGACCUACUACACUAACCAACGUAGAUAUGAACUUUAAUAUCAGAAACGGUCCAUAUGCUUUGCUACAAAUAGUAGUAAAUCUGAUGUUUUUUUGUUUUUUUAUACAUAUAGUUAAGGCUCAUAAUUUAAACCAAAGUAGGUGUGCUUCGCAAACGUACGUUUGUUAGGUGUCCUCCAGUAACUGUGUUGAGAUAGUACAGUACAGUCCACUGGCACAGCACUAGUUAAUAAGGGGCAUUAUGUCAUGUCUUCAACAGUUUGCCAGUUAGUCAUUACCAUCUUGUGUUACUCUGAAAUGUAACCAGACCCAGGUCCAAGUAGUCUUUAUUUCCUUACUUGUACUUUUGGAUUUGUUCCAGUGGUUCCAUUGUAAGACCAGCUCAAGAAAACAAAUACUAUUUGAACCCAGGUCUGAAUGUGAUGCAAACUGAUUAUAUUUACUGUCAAAUGAUAGCUGAGAAGCUUGUCAGGGAUCCUUUAAGGGUCCAAUUCAGUCAAACCACUGUUAAUGCCUUAUCAACAUGCCUUAUCCCCUCAAUAAAAUAACGUGGUUCUGGUACUGUAAAAUACUAGCCUGAGGGCCAUUCUGUUGGUGCUAUCAUGCCAACUCCUUGUCAGCCAUUGUCAUGCCAAUGCUUGUCAUAUUUUACUUGCAAUGGAGUUGGCAAGAGCACAAACAGAUCUGGACCAGGCUAUAGAAGGAGACAACGGGUCUGGGACCAGGCUAUAGAAGGAGACAACGGGUCUGGACCAGGCUAUAGAAGGAGACAACGGGUCUGGACCAGGCUACAGAAGGAGACAACGGGUCUGGGACCAGGCUACAGAAGGA